GGCAUCGGCAAACAACAUAACCUCAAAAUAAUCAAAACAAAUCUCACGUGUGAAACAAGCAAAAAUUCUCUCUCUGAAUUUUUCUGGGAUUUACGCCUCAGGAUGAGUAAUACGCAGCAGAGGCACCGCCAUGGGAGUCUCAAGCAAACGAAUAAGCCCCACAAAACGGGGCGGCAUCGCUCAAAGUCUGCUGUUGAAAAUGCAAACAAAGGGAAGACUUCCGUGAAGGCACUCAGCCGGAAGAUGGAUAAGGUGAUGAGUAGGGACAGUCGACGGCAGCAGGCGAAUCAGCUGCGGAAGAAUAAGCGUGCAGAAACGAUGAACAAGAAGAGGCAACUUGGCACAGCGGAAUACGCCCCAUUCCUCGUGUGUCUCCUACCCCUGGAGGCGAGUAUUGAUCCCCGAUCGACGCUGGACAUGCUGGAGAAGUGCGAUCCGGAAGCGAUUGUUUACAAAAACUCCACAGGGAUAACCUACUUGAGUGUGCCACGCUUCAAGCAGAGAUUCUCCUUUAUUGUACCGCCCGUGGGGCGUGGGAAUGAAUUUACAGCUCUGGAUUAUCUCAAAGUUGCCGACACGACACUCUUUAUUGUCUCCGCAAAUAAUCCCGAGGGGGAGAUUAUGGAUAAGUGGGGUGCAAGGAUUUUCCAAAUGGCUCUUGCUCAGGGACUCCCAACGCCCAUUGUUGCUCUGCAAGAUCUGGAAUCGAUAGCACCCAAGAAGAGAAUCCCCAUGAAGUCAGGGAUUCAGAAAGGGAUAGAAAAGAUGCUUCCGGAUCAGAAAUUAUUGUCUCUGGAUACUAAUUCCGACGCUCUGAAUCUCCUGCGGAAGAUUGGGGCGCAGAAGAAGACAAAACUGAGGAAUAGGAUGUACAGGCCACAUCUCUAUGCGGAUAGGGUGGAGUAUGAGGAGGAGGUGCUGAAGGUGACGGGAUAUUUGAGGGGAACACCACUGGAUGUCAAUCGAUUGGUUUACAUUCCCGGACUGGGAGACUUUCAAAUGGCUCAAAUUGAUGUCAUUACUGACCCAUAUCCCAUUGACAAGAGGAAUUUGGAUCAAGAAAUUGUCCGGAAAGUUUUUGCGGUGGCGGAUGAUAGACAAACUCCCCUGGAUAGGGAAAAUGCUGUGGAUGAUGUGAUGCAGGAAGAGGAGGAGGAAGCUGUUGAGGAAGAGACGGAGAAACCGAAGAAACUCGUCAAGAGAGUCCCUGUGGGAAUGAAUAGCUACACAGCUGCAUGGAUUCCGGAUGUGGAGGAAGUUGAAGAGGAUGAAGAGAGUGAAGAUGAAUCUGAUGAUGAUGAUGAGGAUUUCAUGUCGUGUGCAUCGGAAGUGGAUUCCAAUGCUGAAAUGGACGAUGGUGGUUCCCAAAAUGAUGAUCAAGAGUACGAGGAGAUUACUGAAGAGGAAGGUAUCUCCAAUGAGGCGAAAUACGAUGAGGGAAUGGAUUUGGAGGAAGAGAAGCGAUCGCUGGAUAAGCUCAAAGCCGCUCAGCUGGAUAAACACUGGCCCGAUGAAAUUGACACCCCGCAGGAUAUUCCCGUAAGGCUGAGAUAUCAAAAAUAUCGUGGCUUGGAGUCUUUCAGGACGUCCCCGUGGGAUACGGAGAAAGGCCUCCCCAGUGAUUACAGCAGAAUCUUUCAUUUCGAAAACUUCCGCAAUCGUGCACGUUUCGAGCUUAAGGAAGCUGCAUCCGUUGUUGGUGUUCCUGCUGGGCUCUACCUCACUAUUCACAUCAAGGGCGUGAAUAGAGAUAUCUGGGAUGCCUUCAAAUCUGGGCAGGAGAGUGAAAAUUUCAUCAUCUACGGACUCCUACCGCAUGAGCAUAAAAUGUCCAUCGUAAAUUGCAUUCUUCGCCGUACUCCGGACUCUGAGAUGCCCAUUGAGUCCAAGGAGAGGCUCAUCAUUCAAUGUGGCUAUCGGCGCUUCCUGGCCAAUCCGAUCUACAGCGAGCACACGCAUGGGAAUAAAUACAAAUUUGAGAAAUUCUUCCGCCCCGAUGAGGUUGUCGUGGCGAGCUUCUAUGCCCCCAUUCAGUACCCUCCAGCUGCCGUGAUGUGCUUCCGGCAAAAUCCCGAUUCGAGUGUCUCCCUCGUGGCGGCAGGAAGUCUCCUGUCUUGCGAUCCGAAUCGCAUUAUCCUCAAACGUAUUCGCCUCAGUGGGUAUCCCCUGAAGAUUCUCAAGGAUCUCGCCGUGGUCCGCUUCAUGUUCUUCAAUGCUGAAGAUGUGAAUUACUACAAACCAAUUCAACUGAGGACAAGGUGUGGUCGUCUGGGACACAUCAAGGAGAGCCUGGGGACGCACGGGCACAUGAAAUGCCGCUUCGAUGGGCAACUCAAGUCCCAGGAUACGGUUUAUCUGCAACUCUACAAGCGCGUCUUCCCCAAAUGGACGUAUCAGGAGUGUCUGAAAACUGCAAUUCCACGUCAAGGUGUGUCCGGAUCUGGCAGCAUGGACAUUGACUAGGAAUUCCAACCAGGGAUUAGUGGGGAGAAAAAUCAUUUAUUAUUAAAUGCAGAAAUAUUUCUUGAAAAAAGAAAAUAAAGUUAUUGAAAAUUCUUUUGAAA